AUGGAAGUUAAUGACAGGGACGUGAUCUACCACUUCCACCAAGGCCUCCAUAGCAUUGAACUAUGGAGAAAGAUGUUUGAGUCCAACCCCAAGACCAUCUCCAACAUGAUGGCCGUCGUCAACAAGCACGCCGACAUGGAGGACGCCGAGCGCGCACAUCGCCGCCACAAGGAUCGCCGCGAGCCCGCUGAUCGUCCCUGCCAAAGGGACGACUACCCGGCUCCCCUAAGCAGGAAUCGUCCACCACGUCAUGGCAAGAACCGCGAUCAUGCCGAGUCAUCCAAGGCUCGCGAUUGCAAGCGUGGCCCCGACAACACCGUCGCCAUCGCCGACCGGCCUCAGCAAUGUACUUCCCUCGAACAGGAGGAGCUCGACAGGCUCCUCGACUCCAAGUGCCCUUGGCACAAAGACGCCAACCACAUCAUCGCUCCAGAGGAACCCAAGCGGCCCAGGCUCGAUGACCGUGAAAGGUCUGGUAGCUCCAGAAGCUCCCGCGGCCGUGGCCGCCGGAACCGCUCGCCCAGGCGAGACGAGGAGGACCAGCAGGGCAACAGGUCACCUGGCACCUUCCAGGAGGAGCAAUGGGUGGUUAAUAUCAUCUUCGGAGGCUCCAGCGCCCCGUCUUGCAAGCGCAGCAUCAAGCUGCACAAUCGCGACGUCAACUCGUUGUUCAGGCACCCGGUUGAACCUCUUCGCUGGUCGAAAAUCCCCAUUACCUUCGACCGACGCAACCACUGGGUUCACCUGCCCAGGCCAGGUGCUUACCCGCUCGUGGUCAACCCGGUGAUACACCACAUCCGUCUGGCCAGGGUACUCGUCGACGGGGGCAGCGCCCUCAAUAUCAUCUUCGCCAAGACUCUGGAAGACAUGGGCUUCGACAUGACCAAGCUGGUUCCUUCAGACCAGGCAUUCUACAGCAUCAUCCCGGGUGUGGGCUCAACUCCAGUUGGCAAGGUCACCCUCCCCGUCACCUUCGGCACCCGGGACAACUAUGGCACGGAGUCCAUCAUCUUCGAGGUGGCCCCGUUCGAGACUUCCUACCACGCUAUACUGGGGAGACCAGCUCUCACCAAGUUCAUGGCGAUCCCCAACCACACAUAUCUUCUCUUGAAGAUGCCGGCUCCAAAUGGAGUCCUUUCCAUAUGCAGCGACAUCCAGACGUCUCACUCCUGCGAGACGGAGAACAUCAACACCGUCGAGGCCUUGGAGAGAAGCAACAACCAGGACAUGGUCGCUCAUGCGGCAAAGGCCCUCACAAUGGACCAGCUCCAGAAGCUGUCCAACAACUCGGCGCUAGAGUCCCAGCUGCACACCGACAGUCAGACAAAGGCAAUCGUCCUCAGCGACAAUGACCCCGACAAGAUAGCCUUGAUCGGGGCCGACCUCGACUCUGCAUAG